GCCAAACGCAGCCCUAAUUCGAGAGAUUUCUUUGGCCAUACUCGCUUAUUUGUGUCGACAUAUGUUCUUCUCAUGUUUUCCUCUUCUCCAAGGAACUAGGGAACUGCUUCCCCAAAUAACAUUCAAUAUAUUUUUGCUAUGAUGAUUUCACUCCCACAACUGCUGAAUUAAAGCUGAGAUCAAGAGGUUGAUCUAUCUUUGGUUCUAGUUAGAUUGAGAGAAAAAAUGGUGGAUGAAUUGAAGCGGGGAGAAAAUUCUUGGACGGACACGACUGAUCAGUCGAAUAGAGUAUUUGAUAUUGAUAAUACUGUUUCCUUGAUGUCCGAGUCAGUAAUUAUCACAGAUGGGGCUGAACCCUUACAUCCUCAGCAGCCUCCAUCUCUGGAUCCCAGCCCCUCCUCGGAUGGCCAAUUGGGAGUAUCCGAACGAGCUUUUUCAGCAGCUGGUGCAGCGUUUCUCUCUGCCGUCCUUGUUAAUCCACUUGAUGUUGUCAAGACCAGAUUGCAAGCACAAGCAGCUGGAGUUGCUUAUUCACAUCCAAUGAGUAACAUGACAAGCCGUAUGGCAGUUUUUGGACCAAACAUGAUGUUUGCAGAUCUGAGGUGUUCACCUUCAUGCACCCGUGCUGGUGUACAUGGUACAGUAUCAAUCUGCCCGGCUGAUUGUUUCCAGUACAAAGGAACACUAGAUGUCUUCUACAAAAUUAUUCGGCAGGAGGGUAUUUCUAGGCUAUGGAGAGGCACAAAUGCUGCUCUAGCAUUGGCUGUACCAACAGUCGGGAUUUACUUGCCUUGCUAUGACAUUUUUCGCAACCGGUUAGAGGCUUUCACUGCUCAAAAUGCCCCAAGCUUGACACCAUAUGCUCCUUUGUUAGCUGGUUCUUUGGCACGGUCUUUAGCUUGCACAAGUUGCUAUCCUAUUGAACUUGCCAAAACGCGAAUGCAGGCAUUUAAGGAUAUGAACAAAUGUGACAAGCCUGCUGGAGUCAGGAAGACCCUGUUUGAGCUUAUCGCCAAUGUCAGGAGCACAACUAGCACCAACAGUGGUUUACAAAGCUAUCGUGUACUUUGGACUGGACUUGGGGCACAGCUUGCUCGUGAUGUCCCUUUUUCUGCAAUUUGUUGGUCAACUCUUGAACCAGUAAGAAGGCGACUUCUUAGUCUGAUGGGAGAUGAACCUAAUGCAGCCGGUGUCCUUGGGGCAAAUAUUUCUGCUGGUUUUGUUGCAGGAAGCAUUGCUGCUGCUGCAACAUGUCCCCUUGAUGUUGCUAAGACUAGAAGGCAGAUUGAGAGAGACCCUGCCAGGGCAUUGACAAUGACAACAAGGCUAACUCUACUGGAGAUUUGGAGGGAUGGAGGGCUCAAGGGUCUGUUUACUGGAGUAGGGCCUCGUGUUGCUCGUGCUGGUCCCUCUGUCGGAAUUGUGAUUUCAUUUUACGAAGUUGUCAAAUAUAUGUUACACCACCAAUAUGCUUCUUCAUAAGGAGAGCUUAGUCAGGUUAAUUAGGUUUCUUCUUACCAAUGUCUUUGGAUCGAGCAAUGAUCACCGGUUUAGCUGAGUUGGGCCAUGAAGGUGCGCUGGAUAGAACCUGUGUGCGCCCUAAUGUGGAUAAGGUUGCACGCGCAUAAGGAGCAGUUUUGACCAUGGUAGAUUACCCUUACAGGUUAGCUGGUAGAAAAUAAUCACUCUUCUUUGCUUCCUAACCAAUUUUGGUUGGUUUUUGGGCAAUUCUGUCUUUGGACUAAGAAGAGAUUUUGAUGAACUUUAAAUGAGCAGUUUUUCCUGAGGUGUUCUCAGUUAUCAUUAGAUUAUUUAAUUUCUUUAUUGCUUCUUUCAAGAAAAGUUCUAUAACUUUUUUCUCUUCCCCGACUGUUCUGAGGAUCUCAGCUUUAAAAUGUAAACUUUUUCAUCGAUGCUCCUUUGCAUUACCAUUAGAAUCGUUUUAUUGUUUUA